AUGGCCGAAGUCAACGGUGUCUCGAAGCACGAAGAGUCUGUAACGGCCUCGCUCUCGCAUCUGGGCAAGCGGAAGCGCACGGUUUCUCCACAAUUUGAAGAAGUCAAGGAUGCUGCACUGCAACCUACGCUCCAACGUGUUCUGCAACUCCUCCGCAAACACGAUACUACUCCGUCGCUUCUUAAGUACCCUUUACCUCCAUCCAGGUCCGACGUGCCUGGCUUGAAGCGGGCGCGCCUCGUCAAGUCAGAAUCCGCCUACGGUACUAUCGAGGAUCGCAUUUUGACUGGGACAUACAACUCUUUACACGCUCUUAAGGACGAUGUGAAAAAUGUUCAUGACGCGAUCCUGAGUGAUGCGUCCACCGCGACACAGAACGGCACAACAGAAACCGAUGUGCAGGGCCAGUUGUCUACAUUGAUGAAGGUACUGGAGCAACAUGAUCUAGAAUCACCUGGAGUCUCGGAAUCAAAGGGCGAAGCAACUCUGAAUGCGGACCGAGUAAAACAGAAACCAAAGCAGUUCCUCUCUCUCCGAAGCAAUGUCCAUGGCGUUGCACAUGUGCUAUUUUCAGGGCUCCAGGUCCAACAAGAUUUUGACAAGGUGGAACCCGAUGCCUUACCAGAAGCAGUUGGCACAAGCCUGCCGAACGGGUUUGAACUCACCGAUUAUACUGCCUUGGGUGGAAACGAAGAAGCGCUUAAAAAGCAGGAGAAACGGACAUUCGAGAAAGUCUUCGCCACAAUCCGUCGUCUCAAACCCUUAGACCUUCCACACACGGCUAAGGAUGUGGUCAGAGGCAAUACUCUCGAUUUCAUCCCAAACUCCAGUCGAGCGGAGAACCUUCCUCUAAACAAGCACGACUAUAAGUUCGCCAAACUACCGACUGGUUCGUACCUUUCUUACCGUCCUUCACACCACGACCGGAAAAGGGUACAGCCAUCCUCCAAUAGCGCGGACUUCAAAGCGGCUCUUGCGUCGAAUACCGUGCGCCAAGGCAAGGAAAUGAGCGAGGACGAGUUGUUCAGCUCCGUCUAUUCUUCAUUUGCGCCGAGCUCAGACAAUUCAUAUUCCCUGAUUUCCCACGAGGAUCUGAGUCGACAAUGGUGGAGCCAGAACGGCGAGCAUAGGCUCUCCAGACUUUUCAGACCGACAGACCAAGAGUUAUCUCCUUCAGAUGGAGAAGCUGAAGGGAGGGACGAGUUCGCUGAUGUAGUUGCCAAUUUCGAGCCACAAGAACCAGAAGAAGUCCAAGCGGACGGCGCGGAAAAGGAGGUCGACAGCUUGUUGGAAGAGGUGUCGGAGAUGAUCGAGACACUGAGCUCCUAUCAGAGAAAUCGAAGCUUGGAUCACCUUGUGGCCGGCAGACCAGGAAAGCCUGAGACACCCGAGUACGAUACCUUUGAGAUGCUCAGAAACCAGCUGAGCGUAUUGGUUGCGUCCCUACCUCCCUUUGCUGUUGCGAAACUCAAUGGUGAUCAACUCGACGAUCUCAACAUCUCCACGAGACUAGUCGUCGAGGUCCCAGACUAUCCCGGCACCGGACAGCCGGACGAUUACAUUCUGCGGCGUCAGAAGUUGGCCCAGCAAGCCACGCAAGCGGUGACUCGCUCGACCGUAACACCCCAGCCAGUCCGACCGAGCUACUCCUCCGUGCAGCCCAAUACGAUAUCCUACAACCCUGGAGUAAGGAAUUAUGGCACCUCUGUCCCCGCAACAGCGGCAUUCGGCAUGCGCACAACCCAGUCACAUCAGACUCCCACUGCUUCUCGGUCAACAUACCCUCAAACAUCCAGUUUCCCGGUCAACACCGCAAACAGCUAUUCAUCAAAUCGUCCCACCAUUCAGCAAUUCCAGCGUCCUGCCGUACAAAACGGCUAUAGUGGUUACGGGGGCAAUACCCCGCUGCAGCCGUCACAGCAACAGUCACGACCGCAGACCCCGGCAGGGGGAUAUUCUCAACGACCGACUCAGCCGGGGUAUCAACAGCGGGCACAGGAAACCGCUGCGGUGCUGGCAAGGUCUGCUAGUCCGCAGAAACCGCAACCACUAGUCAACGGCGCGGCGCAGCAUUACACACCGAGACAGCAUCAAUCUCAGACUUUGACUCAGCAGGGCCCGAGCCAGCAAAGUCCACAAACGGGGUCAUUUGCUUAUCAAAGACAAGGCAGUGGGACGCCGACCACACCCAUUGCACCUGGAACGGUGGCGGCGCGGUAUGAUGGUGGUGGAGACCGAACCACGGGUGCACAGUCGGGCAGGAGUGCUCAGGCUACACCAAUCUCAUUAGCACACCCGCCACAGCAGAAUCAACCCGUGGAGGUCUCGAGGUGA